CUCACUCUCUCAAAUCAGACUCCGAAGAGUUCCCCUUUCCAGUUUUCCUACCAAUCGACUAAUCGAGUGGUAACUGGUAACCCUUACCAAAAAAAAAAAAAAGAAAAACUAAUCGAGUGGUAGCAACACUUGCAGAUUGCAGCAAUGCCAGGAUUUAACAGGAAGGUAUCAGCUGCUUCAGCCAGGGCUCACACAAGAAAAUCCAAGCAGAACAGCUCCUUUCAGCUUCCAUCAGGAUUGUUUAAGAAAUUAUCAAUAAUCCUGUUGAUUGGGAUUCUAGCAUGGACUUAUCAAGCCAUUCAACCUCCACCACCCAAGAUUUGUGGCUCUCCAGACGGCCCACCGGUUACCGCUCCUAGAAUUAAACUCAGGGAUGGAAGGCAUUUGGCCUACAAAGAGAACGGUGUCCCAAGAGAUACGGCAAAGUAUAAGAUCAUCUUUGUUCAUGGCUUUGGUUCUUGUAGACAUGAUGUGCUGCAGCUAUCUCCGGAAUUAACUGAAGAAUUAGGCAUCUACUUGCUGUCCUUUGACAGAGCUGGAUAUGGAGAGAGUGAUCCCAAUCCAAAGCGAACAGAGAAAAGUACAGCUUUGGAUAUAGAAGAGCUUGCGGAUCAGAUGGGAUUGGGAUCCAAAUUCUAUGUAAUUGGGUUUUCCAUGGGUGGCCAAGUGGUUUGGGGCUGCCUCAAGUACAUUCCUCACAGGCUUGCAGGGGCAGCACUGAUUGCUCCAGUUGUCAAUUACUGGUGGCCUGGCUUGCCCACCAAUUUAACCACAGAAGGAUACAAGCUGCAACCACCGGGAGACCAAUGGGCACUAAGGGUGGCUCAUUACACUCCAUGGCUGACAUACUGGUGGAACACCCAGAAAUGGUUUCCUGCUUCAAGUGUUGUAGCCAAUUCCCCUGAGAUUCUUUCUCGCCAAGAUAGAGAAUGCAUUCCCAAGUUUGCAAGGAGACAAAAGUACAUGGCACAGGUCAGGCAGCAAGGGGAAUUGGAGUCCCUUUUCCGUGACAUGAUUGUUGGCUUUGGAAGUUGGGAAUUUGAUCCAAUGGGACUAGAAAACCCAUUUCCACAUGAUGAACUUUCUGUCCAUUUAUGGCAGGGAGAUGAGGAUAGACUUGUACCAGUUGCCCUGCAGCGUUAUAUUGCCGGAAAGCUCCCAUGGAUUCACUAUCAUGAGCUAAUGGGUUCAGGUCACAUGUUUCCUUGCAUAGAUGGUAUGAAUGAGGCUAUUAUAAAGGCACUCUUGCUUGGAGAGAAGUAGCCUCCUCCUAAACACGUAAUUCUCCACCUCCCUUCUAGACUUUCAAUGUUCUAUUGGUUAUUUCCAAUCUUUGUUUGUCAUUAUUUUUCCUUACAGGUUCUACAUUCUGUUGCUGAAGAAGGAUAGGAUUUUAAGAUUGCUAAGUUUAUUUCAUUUCUUCUGGAUUGUCCUGAAGAAAUGGUUCUAGCUUGUUAAGUUUUAGAAAACAUAAUUUGUUUGUUUAUUUAAUUUGUGCUUUGUUCUCUGAUAAUGCACUUGCUUAGACUCAAAAGUUCUCUUGUAUAUAUAAAAUGGAGAAAACCAGAUAGCUCCAGACCACACAAAUGGAAUAAAGUCCAACCCCCUGCCCCAUUGGAUGGAUCA